GCAAGGACCGCUUCCUCCUCGGCUGGCCUUUUGCUGCAGCUGCGGCUCCUUCUUCCAGCGCCGCCUCCGUCUCCACCUCCUCUUGCUCCGAGCCGAGACAGAAGGAGGAGGCCGGGCUGAGUUGCACGCUUUCCCUCCAAAUCUCCGGUUGCCUCCUCCUCCGCUCUCGCUCUUCCUCCAAGGCUUUGGCCAACCCCCUUCGGAAGAUGGCCGGGUUGAACAGCAAGAGUUGCUCCGCAGAGGCAGCGCCGCCGGGACGCAGCGGCCGAGGGGUCGUGAUUUCAGAUGACUGGCCGGGAUACAGUUUGGAUCUCUUUACGUAUCCACAGCACUAUUAUGGGGAUCUUGACUAUGUGCUCAUUCCAAAUGGGAUCAUUGUGGACAGGAUAGAACGUUUGGCCAAAGAUAUCAUGCAAGAUAUUGGAUACAAUGACAUUGUGGUUCUCUGUGUACUUAAAGGUGGCUACAAAUUCUGUGCUGACCUUGUGGAACAUAUUAAGAAUCUCAGUAGAAAUUCAGAAAGGUUCAUCUCCAUGAAAGUUGACUUUGUCAGAGUGAAAAGUUACUGCAAUGACCAGUCUAUGCAAGAUACACAAAUAAUCGGGGGAGAGGACUUUUCACAGUUGACCGGAAAGAAUGUAUUAAUUGUGGAGGAUAUUAUUGGAACUGGAAGGACAAUGAGAGCUCUCCUCAACAACAUUGAAAAAUACAAGCCCAAAAUGGUUAAGGUAGCAAGUUUGCUGCUGAAAAGAACAUCACAGCCUGAUGGGUACAGACCUGAUUAUUAUGGAUUUGAAAUUCCAAAUUUAUUUGUGGUGGGCUAUGCCUUAGACUACAAUGAGCACUUCAGAGAUCUAAAUCACAUAUGUGUUAUCAAUAACCACGGCAAAGCCAAAUACAGAGUCUAAAGAAAUUUGCCGGACUGAACUGGAAUUUUGACAAGAUCUCCUGAAGAACAGUUCAACUGACAUCCUUCUCACUCAUCCUGGACUAAAAAAGUGUUAUUUCCCAUGACCAUCCUCCUCACACUUAGGUCUUCUUAAUGCCUCAGUUAUCUCAUAAUCUUUCAUGUAAUAAGUUUUAUUCAGAAUGAAGAGACAAUAGGUAAGGCAGAGAUAUUUGUUUUUAUCGAUUAACACAUAAAACAAUUUUGUGAAAAAUUUCUAGAAUACAAAUGUAUGUAUGCGUCAUUUCACAAGGGCUUCUGGGGCUUUGGCAAACUUUGGUGGUCCCAUAUUCCCCUGCUCUCAAAUGAUGUGUUUGUGCCUUCUUGUUGAUCCAUCCUUUUUGACUUCCUGUCUUUUCCCUCUGUUUGCACUUCCUAACACAAGCGGUUGUGCCAACACAGAGUGACUUCAUAGUCUGAGAGUGUGACUCCUAGUAAAUGUUGCUGGUGAUUACUUAGAAUCCAUACAGUAUUAACAAGUGUGUAGCAAAACAGAAAGCAGGAAACACAUCCUGAGAGAGAAAAAGUAUGGUGUAAAGGAUCUUGGGGCUCAAAGGUGUGUGUGGGGGGCUAUGAAAGGUUGUAGGUAAUGUAAAUAACAGGAGCCGCCUGGCGUAGUGGUUAAGUGCCACUCACACGGUCAGGAGUUUGAGCCCCCUGUGGGUCAGAUAUUCUGGCAGCUGGCUCAUGGUCAACUCAGCCAUCCAUCCAUUUCUUGGUUGGUAAAUGAGUACCUAGCUCAUAGCUAGGAGGUAAAGAAUAGCCAGGGAAAGCAAUGGCAAACUACCCCACAAAAGUGGUUUUUCUAUUAAAAUCACUGCUUACAGUAGUACUCCAGGGUCAGAUACGACUGAAAGGGAAACUUUAAUGUAAAGAGCAUGUGGAUAUUAUCUGGUCUACUAGAGCCUUCUAUCUGGCCUUUAUAACUCAGUCUACAUUGGUUUCCCACAUGAGGCUAGAUGCAGAGUAGACAUGUCCACAGGCACAAAGAUUUCUUGUCACAGGGUAUGAUUUUCCUGCUUUCCUUCUCUUGCAGCAGGCCAAAAUGUCCACAAAAUUCUGUUCACAGGAGAGAAGAGACAGCUGAGAGGGAGGGCAGUGGGAAAAUUGUGCUCCAUGAGCAGGAAUCCUUACACCUGUAGAAACAUUAGUUCGGAUCCAACCAUCUAACACAACAACAGAGUCAUGAAUUUCUAGCAUCAAACUAUCAGGCUUCAUUUCAGUAACAAGAUAACGAGAUGGAUAAGAUAGUUGAUGUAUCCCUGCUUGUUUAUAACUCAGGCUUUAUUACUUGGGUUUGGUCCUCCCACACACGCACACGCACACAAAUUGUCACAAUACCAUCAGUACCUAUCAGAGUGGUUCCCUGUGGUGGAUUAUAGGUUAGCUGAAACUUAAAAUGACAGGAUAUGGUUUGCAGGCCCUCUUUUGCCUUAAUGUUGUUUGUAAACUAAUCGCAAGUAAUGGAUAUCAAAAAUGCCUUGGACUGCACAUUGUAUGUGACUCAUCCAGAGGCUCGUUUAUCAUACAUGUAUUUUUCCAUAUGCUGUUAAUCAUUCUAAGACUACAGUCUUAAAAUACUUGGAAAUGAAUCCUGUUGAACUCUGCAGGAUUUCCUUUUCAGUAAACCUAUUAGGAUUGUGUUUUAAACCAUCUGUCAUUCUUAUGUAAGUAUGGUUCUCUUAUCAUUUUCUUUGGUUGGAAGGGAGUGAGAAGUAGCAUGGAAAAUAUUUGAACCAGAAGGAUCAUUGGUUUUGAUUCCGAUCUCAUCUCGCAGUGUAAGCAGUCGGACCACUCCACUCACUAAGGGAUGGGGACAAAAGGCAGGCGUCAGAGGAAGACACUGCUUUCCACAACGUGGAUGCCUCUCAGAGUGUUCUGGGAUUCAUCUUGUCUGUCAAGCCUGGACAGGAAGGUGGUGGACCACUGAAUUUCCCCCCCGGCCCUAAGGUGUUCCUAGCUGGACAAUGGGGCUAACUAAUUCCUAUUGUGUCACCGUAAGGUGCUUCAAUCAGUUCUCCAGACUGAUCAUUACUUACUCAGUCCCAUCCCAGCAAUCAGUCAAUAUUCAAGAGACUAGCCCAGGCAUUCCCUUGAGUCCUGACAGUUCAUCAAACCUCUCCUAUCUUUUUGUUCGAAGCCCGGAAAAGCAGUCAAUUCUUUGUGUCUGGCUUUCCUGCCAUAUUACCUCAUACUGCCAUUCUGGGGUAUUAAUAUUAUUCCGUUGGCCAUUCAUAGUGUCUCUGUGUUUAUGUCUUGCAUGUGGGCUCUUUUCUUUGCUCUGGGAAAUGCUGCUUGUUUUCCUCUUCAGUGUUGCUUUCCCUGAACGUCCCUUCAAGACUGAUCACCCAUCCCUGAAACUUAUAUCCGGCUUCCUCCCUUUUCUCUUAGUCAGCUCUUGUGUGCUGUGUGUGCUUGUGUUCUUUGCUUCACGUAUUUCUUCAUUUACUAUUUUUAUUCUUUAAUUAAAACAUAUUUUAAUUAUACAGAGGCAGAGCAAGGGGAAACUGGCCACAACGCGCACCCUGCACCCCUGCUGCGGCGCAGUCUGCUCCCGCCACACCCCAGAAUGUCAUGGCCCGGCCACACCUCCGCUGCGGCUCCGCUCGGGGCAUCCCCCCUGCCCAGUGGGUGCUACGCCACUGUAAUUAUACAACUGCCUGCUCAUUUGAGGAUUUUUCACCCAGGACUAUCCUGAUAUACAUAGGUUCUCAAUCCCAGUUACCCUUUUUCACUUUCUGUCUCCAGAGCCAGCAUGGUAUAGUGGUUAAGAGCAGGUGCACUCUCAUCUGGAGAACCAGGUUUAAUCCCCCACUCUGCCAUUUGAGCUGUGGAGGUUUACCUGGGGAACCAGAUUAUCUUGUGCACUC